AUGGCCAAUAUAAUCUUUGCAGAGCGGGAAAAUGCAGGUCUCCAUGCACCUACACAGAAAAUGAGGCAGCGGCUUCAGUCUGCUCCAGAGAAACUAGUCAAAUCUCCUACAAAACCAUUCAGCACCCCCUUGCCAUCUGGACGUAAGGCUUUCGGCUGCCUUAACGUAAAAGUCUCGACCCCUGCCAUCAGCAAACAAGAGAAGAAACUCCUAAAACAGCCACCAGUUUGCCUUGAGGAAACAAAAGCCAAAAAUGCACCUCAAGCCAAUGUGGAGUAUCCAGAAACUGAGAAGUUGUUCUCUUAUGACCCACUAGAGUACUUGAGGUAUGACGUACCUGAAGACUUGAUUCCUCUAAGUAAACUUGCUUUACCUGGACUCGCCUGUUUCUCACAAGUACCUGAUAUGUGUGAGGAUGACUUUGAAGAGCUGGCACCACUCCCAAACCCACCAGCUGUGACUUUGAAACAUUCAGAUUGCCGUGUGGAGCUGGAUGCCUUUCUUCAGACGCUCGAGGAGCUAACAGUGGAGCUUCCUCCAGAACCUGAUACUGAUUAAAGUUGUGUUUUUUGUCUGCUUUUAAUUGAAA